AUCUAUCCAUUGAAACAAUGAGUCCGUUCAACUCGGGGUCUCUUUUAAGCCGCGCAAACUCGUACACAAACGUCGAUAUCCAACACUGAUAACAUGCUCGCAGACGGUAGUGAGCAUAGACAGACACCCACAAGGGGUCUCGCUGAUGUGAGCACUGACACUCGUGCCUCCAAGCGGGCUCGCAACACAUUUGAUUCCCCUUUGGCCGCGUCUGGUGCCCCUGAAGAAUUUGCUCCAACACCCAGGAAAACACAUAACAAGAAGCAGCCUCUGUCCUGUGCAGAGUGCCGAAGGUGCUGCGAUCGUGUCUUUCCAUGUCAAUCAUGCUCAAAACGAGGCUGCGCUGAAAUAUGUCCAGACGGUGCUCUCACCUCUGGAAAGGGCAGCAGGUUCAUUCUUGCCAACACCGAGCAACUUCAUGCAAAAAUCAUUCAGAUGAGCGAUCGCAUACGACAACUUGAAGACGCCUUGGAGAACGUGCAAGCAAAAUGUUCAUCCGACCCUCAUCCCCUCUUGCACCAAGAUUCCCUACGUAUUAAAAAUUCGCUGGAGCUCUAUAGCUCUCACGCGACCAGUGGACGACAUACCCAGAUGGAUGGGACAAUCAAAGAAAAUCACUCAAGCAAUUCCCAACUCCCUGUCGCCUCAUCUUCAACACGAGACGCAGACAAGGUUCAGGAUAGCCGAUCUGAGGAGAGGUAUUCACCGGCAGAAGCUUUUACUUCAGAUGUUCCUGGAUUGUCUCCCGAAAUCGAAAAACUCAGCCAAACAUUUCCUUAUCCUUGGUUGCCCAAUAAUCCCAUGAGGCAGCGGAUCCACGAGAUGUUGCCAUCUCGGGAAGAGGCGGAUUACCUUUGUACGCAAGCUCGAUUGAACGCUCUAUGGCAGUAUAACCUCGAUACAAGCGAAACUUGGCUUCCGAAUCUAGUUCAUCACGUAUACACCACGCCAAUGUCAAGCCUUUCUUUCCGCCGCCUCUCUCUGUUGUUCAUCAUGAUGGCUAUUGGGCUACUCGUUGAUCUUAAUCAACCAAAUGAGUCUCCGAGAGCUGAAGUAUUCCAUCGCCUGGCACGAGCCUCCUUAUGUGAGACAAAUCUGAUGGACGAACCUAGUUUAGAUCUUCUACAGACUUUGUUUUACAUGAUUUGGUACCUUCUGAUUUUUUCAGACAAGAGUCAAGCUGUAUCGUAUGCAUGGAGCAUCAUGGGUCUUGCUGUGAAGCUUGCUCAAAGCGUGGACCGCGACGGCAAUAGAUGGAAGGUAAUUCCCGAAGAGGCUCAGCGGCGGCGAAUGCUGUUCUGGGAACUUCUGAAUUUAGAUGCACGCCUGUCUUUAUCUCUUGGUCGGCCACCGUCACUUUGCUUACAACAUGUCGAUUGUCGCCGACCAUCCUAUACUUCAGAGGAGAUGUACAUCGUGUCGGAAGCUCAGUCAUAUCAUGAGUGGAAACACGGAUUCUUCCUGCAAUGUCUCACACCAGUCAUAGUAACCACGAUAUCUGCACAACCACAACCAUAUUCUAGCAUUCUAGAUGUCGAUAAGAAAAUCCGGGACUUCCACAUCCCUCCAACACUCAACAUAUUCAACUCAGAGGGCAUCACGGAUAUCCGACAAUUGACUAUGCAACAAGUACUAGUAGCUAGCGGGCGAGAAAUAGUCCUCCUGCAGCUUCAUAGAAAUUUUUUUACUGAGGCACUGAGUGACUUUGAUGCUUUCACGUAUCGACACAAAUACGCGCCGUCAGUUCUUGCAACAUUCCUUAGCGCCUCCCGCCUUGUUGCCGCGUUAGAAACCAUGCUGCGUCGUGAGCCACAGCUGAGUAAGCGGUUCAUGUGUUUCUGGUUUAAUGCAUUCUCUGGCGCGGUUGCAUUAUCAUUGAUUGUUUCCAGAACGCCUUUCCUAAGUCUAGCGCCAUUUGCGUUGAAGGAGUUGGACACUAUUUACCGCAUUUUCGCGAACGUGGCUGAGGAAUGCUCACAGGUCGCUCAGGCGCUGCCUCUACUCACUAAAAUCGCAGAGAAGUCACGUCGGACGUACGCCCAGUGGCUCAAAACGUCCAGAGAUAGCUCGACCAUGGAUACCGACCUUGCAUCUCAAGAAUCACCAGUCAGAUCAGCUGCGUGCAGCAUUUCAGGGGAUUGGCCAGAUUCUUUUGACGCUGCACACUCGUUCCUACAAAAAACGCUGCAGGAUAUUGAGACGACUGCUCCACCGACCAUUCAGGAGCUUCCUACUUACUCGCCUCGGCACCAAAAUCUAGUCACAAACUCACAGGUGGAUCACGCAGGGCAACCUGAAGAGCUGUCUACAGACAUGCUUUCACUUGAUUUGGGUUUGAAUGAGGAUUUGGUUGCUGCAACUUUGAGACACAGUGCAGACCCCUCACCCCCUGCAGGCCAUACAGUCCAGAGGGUAGGGAAUCACACAUUUAACUUCGAUUUUGGUGCACUGGCGUCAAACGUCGAGAGCCAGAACAACACAUAUAUGUCAUGGUUUUGAUGGUUUGUAUUCGAGUAAUAAGUACACGACUUAGAUGAAUCAUCACAAACUCCCACGAUUGGAAUCGCAAACACAUGCUUAUGUAAU